ACCGUUUAACUGUAAAUCACUUAUCCGUCACCCGCCCCGCCAUUUUUGUUUUGAUUUUUCGUAACGAUCGGUGUUGGAGUUAUUGUUUAUAAUGUCAAAAUCAUUAACUACCAUAGAAGAUUAUCUAAUCUAAUGUAGAAUUUCACAUACAUGAAGAGAUAUAAUUGAGGAAUAAACAUGCAUCAACCAACUGCUGAGCAACUAGGUUUUAUUGAAGAUGCAGAUGGUGCUAUAUCAAUUGAUGAAAUCACAAUAUCAUCUGCUCCAGCCCCAGCUUUGUCAACUGAUGUUCCUAAUUCACGACUGAUAAUUGACUCUCUUCUGGUUCGAAAUUUUAAAUCAUAUGCUGGAGAACAAGUGAUUGGUCCUUUUAACAAGAAUUUCACUGCUGUUGUUGGCCCGAAUGGAAGUGGAAAAUCAAAUGUCAUUGAUUCAUUAUUAUUUGUAUUUGGUUAUCGAGCUAAGAAAAUUCGAUCAAAGAAAGUGAGUCACCUGAUUCACAAAAGUGACCAGUAUCCAGAUCUUCCAAGUUGCACUGUUACUGUACACUUUGCUUAUGUGAAAGAUGAGGGAGAACGAGGUGUUAUUAUCAAAGAUUCAAGGUUUUCACUGUCAAGAACAGCAUUCAAAGAUGACUCUUCUUAUUAUGAAAUGAGCAAUAAGCGUGUUCCUUACAAAGAUGUUUCUAAAGCAUUAAAAGCAUAUGGUAUUGAUCUGGAGCACAGCCGAUUUUUGAUUUUACAGGGCGAAAUUGAAGCUAUAUCUUUAAUGAAUCCUAAAGCUCAAAAUGAACAUGAGACUGGUAUGCUUGAAUACAUUGAAGACAUAAUUGGUUCAAAUCGUUUUAUUGAACCUAUCAAGCAUUUUAAAGAGAAAGUUGAAAAGUUAAAUGAAGAAAGAAAAUUAUUGGUUUCCCAACUGAAAAUGGUGGAGAAAGAGAAAGAUGAACUUGAGGGUCCAAAAAACAAAGCUAUUGAAUUCUUACGACUAGAAAACAAACUAUGCUUAACAGAGAAUUCUCUUUAUCAUUUAAAACGAUAUCAAGCACAAAGUGCUUUUGAAGAAGUUACUGAAAAGAAAAAUAAAUUUCUGGAAGAGAUGAAAGCACUCAAGUUUGAAUUAGAAAAUGUGCGGGCAUCAAAAAAGACUGUAGAAAAUUCAAUGAAUAAAAUUAAUAGUGAGUAUGAGUCAUUUCAAAAGAAAUACGAAGAGACUAAAGAAGAAUAUGCUAAUCUUGAACGCCAAGAUGCUGCAAAUUUAAUGUUAAUCAAGCAUUCUAAAGAAAAAACACAAAAACUUGAGAAAAGCUUAGAAGAUGCAAAAAAUGAGUUGAAUAAAUUGAACAAGCAAUCUGGCAUAUAUGAACAAGAAACAGUAGAGUUGCAAGCAAAAAAGAAAAAGUUAGAAGAAGAGAAAGAAGUAGAUGGGAAGAAAAUGGAAGAGGCUAUGGGCUCUUUAAAGCAGGAAACCAAUGUCUUGCAAGAAAAGAAAGACAAGUUAGAGGCUGAACUUGUGCAACUGAAAAAUGUAUCUGGUCAAAUAAAAUCAGAGAUGGAUCUGUCUCAAUCAGAGCUAAACAUAUUGAAAAGUGGGGAGAAAAAAGAAAAAGAGAAGCUUGAUUCGAUUAUAGCCAGUCAUGAAAGAACAGUUCAGUCUUUAAUGAAUGAACAGAAACUUAUGAAGGUAGAGAAAGAAAAAUUAAGUGGUCCAGGUUUAGAUGAUCUUCAAUGUCAAGUAGAAGAAGCAAAAGCCAAGGAAGCUGCUUUAACUCAACAAUUAAAAAUGGGACGUUAUAAAUUAGAAGAAGCCAGAACAGCUUUGUCUACAUCGAGUAGCCGCUCUACAAUUGUUCAAGCUUUCUUGAAGGAAAAAGCAAAAGGACGAUUUACUGGUGUUUAUGGAAGACUUGGAGAUUUGGGAGCCAUUGAUGAAAAGUAUGAUAUAGCCAUAUCAACAGCAUGUGGGUCUUUAGACAAUAUUGUGACAGAUACCAUCGCAACUGCUCGAGAAUGUGUUGAGCAUUUAAGAAAACAUAAUUUAGGUUACACAACCUUUAUAGCCUUAGAUAAGAUGAAGGAGUAUGAAGAACUUGCACAUCGUAAAAUAGCUACGCCUGAAGACUCUGUACGUUUAUUUGAUAUGAUUAAGGUUAAGGAUCCAGAAAUACUCAAUGCAUUUUAUUUUGCCAUUCGUGACACUUUAGUAGCAAGAGAUCUUGAACAAGCAACUAGGAUAGGUCUGCAAGGAAGUCGGCGCUUUCGAGUAGUUACUUUAAAAGGAGAACUUAUUGAAACAUCAGGUACAAUGAGUGGUGGUGGUGGAAGACCUCAAAAAGGUCGAAUGGGUCAGACUGUGGUGCAGUGUACUGUUACAACUGAUGAUGUAAAUGAGAUACAGAGAGAAGUGGAUAAUCUCAAUCAGCAGCUCAUGCUAGUGAGAAAACAACGACUUAAUUUGGAAGAGCUGAUAUCCCAAAAGACAAGUGUGCUGUCAUCAUUGAAACACUCUUUGAAAAAGAGAACAAUGAAUAUAAAUGCAUAUGAAGAAAGUGUUAAAGAGCUGUCUUCUCAAAUGGAAACUCAGAAAAGAAAAGUGGAUGGAGUUAAGGUCGAUGAUAAAAAAGUUAAAAUGCUAGAAAAUGUUAUUAAGGAGAAAAAUAAACGCUAUACAAAAGCUAUUGAAGAAGAAACUGCUGUAGAACAAAAUGUAGCAAAAUUGCAGGCUGAAAUUUUGCAAAUCAGCAAAGGAAAAUUUCAAAAAGUUAAAAAGAAUGUCACUCAAUUGGAAAAGAAAUUAACUGAAGUGACACAGGCUAUAACGAAAUCCACAGUGAAUUUGAAAGCUGCAAAGAGGAAUAUUAAGAAGAUUGAAGAAAAAAUUAAAAACGUUGAAAUUCAAAUGCAAGAAAAUAAAGCACAACUUGAUAAUUUGAGAAAACAGCAAUCUACUUUAACAGAUAAAGGGAAGGAGGUUCUUCAAUUAAUGGAAGAGAAUAAUGUUAAAGUUGCUGAGUUUAAGGAAAAAAGAGCAGAGUUCAAAAAAGAAACGGAUAGCAUUACGCAAAAGGAACACAAGCUAAAGCAAGCUGAAAUAGAGCAUAAAAAUCAACUAAAAAAUUUUGAAUCCAGUGAAAUGGAGAAACGUCAUAUUAUAAAGUCAUAUAAUGCAAAAAUAUGCAAACUUAAAUUGAAUGAAGUAGAGGAUGAUCCAACUGUACUGCCAUCUUUGUCAGAAGAGAAAAUACAGAAGUUGACCGAAUCCGCUCUGUCGAAUGAAAUUGAUGUCAUUAAAAUAUGCAAACUUAAAUUGAAUGAAGUAGAGGAUGAUCCAACUGUACUGCCAUCUUUGUCAGAAGAGAAAAUACAGAAGUUGACCGAAUCCGCUCUGUCGAAUGAAAUUGAUGUCAUUAAAGUGCAAUUAGAAGACAUGAAACCUGAUUUAUCAGCAAUUAAAGAAUUCAAGACUAAGCUUGGAUUGUAUGAAGCAAAGCAAAAAGAAGUUGAUGACAUAACAGAAGAUAAAAAUCUACAGAGUAGACGAUUUGAUUAUCUCAGCAACAGACGCAAUAGUGAAUUCAAGACAGGAUUUUCAAUAAUUGCAUCAAAGCUAAAAGAAAUCUAUAGGAUGCUAACUCAUGGUGGUGAUGCUGAAAUAGAGCUUGUAGACAGCAUGAAUGCUUUUUCAAAGGGCAUUGAAUUCAGUGUACGUCCUCCUAAGAAAUCUUGGAAAUAUAUGAGAAAUUUGUCUGGAGGAGAAAAAACUCUUAGCUCAUUAUCCUUGGUAUUUGCUUUACAUUACUAUCGCCCUACUCCAUUUUAUGUUAUGGAUGAAAUUGAUGCUGCUCUUGAUGUAAGAAAUGUUGCUAUUGUGGGCUUUUAUUUAAAAGAAACCACUCUGAACUGUCAGUUUAUUAUUGUAUCCUUGCGAAAUGUAAUGAAUGAACUCUCUGAUCAUCUGCUGGGUAUUUUCAAAAUCAAUAACUGUACAAGGAAUUUGAGUAUACAGUAUGUUCGUAAAUGGAAUGAAAAUAGUGCAAAUGGAAGAUGUUCGUGAUAAUGUUACCAUAUGUUAUGUUUCAGAGACUAUAUUCAUUCGUAGUUAUAUUCAAAAUGCUAUCCAAAUUUAUUUCUGAAAAAUCAUCUCUCAUUACUGUACAAUAUCUUCAUACUGUUAAUUAUGUAUUCAAAUUAAUAUAAUCUUUUUGGAAAUUGUUUGUAAAAAAAUAUAUUUAAAUGGAAUAAAAUAGA